CCUAUCGCACUGCCUAAUGUUUUGUUCUUAUUAACAGUGCAGGUUACAAAUAAUUUAAAGUAGGAAAAUGGGUUUGGAAAGGACUGGGGGCGUUUUAACUGCUUUUACGCACAGACUGGUGUUCGGACUCCUCUUGCUCCACGCGCUGGCUCCCUUACCUAUCAUCACAGAAGGGAAGACAAUGAAAUACCAAACGUAUGAAGAAGACAGCCCCGACACCGUGAUCGGAAACCUCGCCAAGGACAUGUCUUUGAGCGCUCUGGGUGGCAAGACAAAUUUCAGGAUGAUGAAGCAGUUCAACUCUUCCUUCAUCAAACUGAGGGAGAGCGACGGGCAGCUCACUAUCGGGGAGCGCAUCGAUCGGGAGAAGAUGUGCAGAAACACCGUCCAGUGUCUCAUCGACUUCGACGUGGUGAGCUUCUCCAAAGAGCAGUUCAAACUGAUCCACGUCGAGGUGGAGAUAAAGGACAUCAACGACAACCCCCCGGAGUUCCCCAGCAAAGAGUCCACUUUGGAAAUUUACGAGAACACUGCGGUGGGCUCUCGGAUUCCCUUGGACGUGGCCGUGGACGAGGACGUGGGUUCCAACUACAUCCAGAGCUACCAGAUCUCAGUGAACAGCCACUUCACAAUAGAUGUGCUCAACAGAGCCGAUGGGGUUAAAUAUGCGGAGCUGGUGCUGAUGAAGGAGCUGGACAGGGAGACCCAGUCCUCUUACGUUCUGGAACUGGUUGCCACCGACGGAGGCAGUCCGUCCCGAUCCGGCACCACCACCAUCCACAUCGAGGUGAAAGACUACAACGACAACAGCCCCACUUUCGACCGGAGCAACUUCUCGGUGGACAUAGUGGAGGACGCGCCCGUGGGGUUCCUCUUACUGGACCUGAACGCGGUGGACCCGGACGAGGGCUCCAACGGCGAAGUCGUGUACGGGUUCGGGAACCAGGUGUCCGCCGAGAUCCGCCAACUUUUCAAAGUGGACCGCAAGUCGGGACGCUUGACCCUCGAGAGUCCCAUCGAUUUCGAGACGAAGAAAACCUACGAACUGGACGUCCAGGCGCACGACUUGGGUCCGAACCCGAUUCCUUCCAUCUGCAAGGUAAUUAUCCACGUGAAGGACGUUAACGACAACGCCCCCGAAAUCAGCAUCACCCCGAUGACUUCCAUCACGGCGGGUAUCGCGUACAUCACGGAGGCUGCGGCCAAAGACAGCUUCGUGGCUCUGAUCAGCACCUCGGACAGGGACUCGGGCGCCAACGGCCAGGUGCACUGCACUCUGUACGGCCACGACCACUUCAAACUCCAACAGGCUUACGAGGACAGCUACAUGAUCGUCACCACGACCCCUCUGGACCGGGAAAAGAUAGCCGAGUACAACUUAACGGUGGUGGCCGAAGACCUAGGAUCACCUCCCUUCAAAACCAUAACGCAGUACACCAUCAGGCUGAGCGACGAGAACGACAACGCCCCUGUGUUCAGCAAGCCCGUGUAUGAAGUUUCCGUGGUGGAGAACAACGCGCCGGGAGCGUACGUCACCACCGUGGUGGCCAGGGACCUCGACUUGGGGAAUAACGGAAAAGUGAUCUACAGGCUGUCGGACACCUACAUCGGGGGAUCUCCUGCCUCCACUUUCGUAUCUCUGGAUCCCGCGACGGGUUCUCUCUACGCGCUGAGAAGUUUUAACUACGAGGUCGUGAAGCAGCUGGAGAUCAGAAUCCAGGCUAGCGACGGGGGGUCUCCUCAGCUUCACAGCAGCGCCCUGGUCAAUCUCAGAAUAGUCGAUCAGAAUGACAACGCCCCUGCCAUCACCCAGCCCGUGCUCACCAAUGGAUCUGCAGAAGUCCUUCUACCCAAAGACACGCCCUCGGGCUUUAUCGUAACCCAGAUUAAAGCCGAUGAUGCAGAUGAGGGAGUGAAUGGAGAGCUCACCUUCAAGAUCCUCAAAGAGGAGAAUGCCAUGUUCUCCAUCAACAGAGCCACGGGGGAUAUCUAUCUGAAUCGGGAGGUGAGCUUUGAUGUUAACGAGAGCUUGAAGGUCUCAGUCACAGUCAAUGACAAUGGGAGACCGUCUCUGACUUCCACGGCAACUAUCUUCUUCACUGUCGUCGCAGGGGCGCCCCCUAGCGACCGCAGCGCGGUCAAACACAAAAACCAAGACAUGAUUCAGUGGGACAUGUCAAUCGUGAUCAUCGUGGUCCUGGCUGGGAGCUGCUCUCUGCUUUUGUUGGCCAUCAUCCUGAUCGCCACCACUUGCAAUCAACGCAAACGGGACAAAAGCGGAGGAGAUUUCCAGGACAAGUUGGACAUGGAGCAUUUGGAGAAGGGGAAGAGCAACAGUCACACGCACAGCGGCAGCAACGUGUUCGAUGGUCCUCCUUAUGCCAACAAGACACCCUUCACAAACAUCCCCAAAACGGACAGCGACAUGUGCUCUGGCUCGGACGAUGGCAGUGAAGCCACGUGCGUUUACGAGCCCGACGCCAGGAUUCGGGGAGCCAAACUAGAGGGUUAUUCCACGCUGCCAGGCUACGGCAAAGAAGCGGUGAGACCGAUCACUAUAUGGAAGGGUAACUCCUACACAACCAUCUCAGCAAGGGACCCCCAGUUCAGUGGAAAGGACAGCGGGAAGGGGGACAGUGACUUCAAUGACAGUGACUCUGACAUAAGUGGAGAUGGCACCAAAAAGGACUACCAUAAUGGUCUGUGGGCGUGCACAAGCGAGUGCAAGAUCCUCGGUCACUCCGAUCGAUGCUGGAGUCCGUCUGCAAUAAGGGGUAAUGGCAACCCACCCCAGGGGCAGCAUCUCUCCACGUUCGCUAAGACAGCCUCACUGCCAAGAGACACUCUCCGCAGAGAAAAUUACUAUCAAGCUCAUAUCCCCAAGACAGUGGGGCUACAGAGCGUCUACGAAAAAGUCCUGCACACCGAAUUCGAUUUCGUCCUGGUCUCCCCACCGCGACCCGAAAGGCCAGAUGACAUGAACGAAAUUACCAUCCCAGCGUUUGUGCCUACCGAGUCACACAAAUAG